CACUAUAUUUAGUCCCUUUUUUCAAAUAUUACAUGGAUUGAACAAUAAUAAUCUUGGAUUCCUUAACUCGAUCUAUAGCUGUCUUGAUAAUAUAAUAAUGUUAAUGUAUGUAGAAUUACAAUCUGUAACAUGCAUACUAAUAUCCUCUUGUUUCGCCAUAAUUUUUGACACCUGGUAAAAACUUCAAAAUCAUUUUCUCAUAUGUGAAAAAAAAAAAAUGUUUUCUUCCAUAUUCAUAUUGUUUGUUACAACUCUACCCUUUUACGUACAAUCGACGACUCCGUGCGCCAAUUACAAAUUUGCACCAAUUUUAAAAAAACCACAUGGCUAUAAAAAUUGUGUUGAUCUCCCCUUUUUCAACUCCUCCCUACAUUACAACUACAACCCUUCAAUCGGAACACUCGACAUGGCCUACCGCCACCCCGGGGUGGGACCCGGCUCCUUGGCCAAGUGGGUUGCAUGGGCCAUAAACCCUACGGGGAAAGCCAUGCUUGGAGCACAAACUUUGGUGGCAUACCGCAAUGGUGACAAUGGGUCGGUUUUGGCAUACACAUCCCCUAUUAUGUCCUAUAGGACAGGCCUUGCUAAGGGUGCUUUGAGUUUCGAUGUAAUAGGACUAAAGGCCGUGAUUAUUAAAGACGAAAUAUUUAUAUUUGCAAUGAUUAAGGUCCCUAAAAAUAAGACUCUGAUUAAUCAACUUUGGCAAGAAGGGCUCUUAAACGAGUAUGGGACUCCCCUAUGGCAUAAUUUGGCUUACCCUAACCUUCAUUCCAUGGCUUCCCUUAACCUUCUUUCCGGUGACAUCAUCCUCUCUGAAAAACCUACUCCGUUUAGAAAUGCGCAUGUAACUGUAAAUAUAAUUGGCUGGGGAAUAUUGAUGCCUUUGGGAAUUAUGAUAGCAAGACAUUACAAGGAAUUUUUCCCAAAAGAUGACUCAACUUGGUUUUAUCUUCAUAUUGGGUGCCAAAUCCCAGCAUACAUUCUUGGUGCUACAGGUUGGGCCAUUGGUCUCAAACUUAAUAGUAUCCAAGGCCUAAGACAUUUUGCCGACCAUAAACGGAUCGGGACGGCCCUCUUUUGUAUGGCCACGUUUCAGGUAUCUGCACUUGUGCUUAGACCACAUAAGGACCACAUGUACAGAUCCUACUGGAGCAAGUACCACCACUUAGUUGGGAGAGUAACGGUAAUCCUCGGCCUAUUCAACAUAAGCUUGGGUCUCACUAUCCUCAAACCUGGUAUAGAUGCGAGGGCCGCUAUCUUUGGUGUGCUUGCACCAUGGGGGGUGGUUGCGUUAGUAUUGGAAAUACUUAAGAAAAGUAAGAAGACCAAGGUUGCAGCAAGCCAAAGUAGCAGCAAUCAUUAA